AUGGUCUUGCUCACGUUCAAGCGCAUCUCUACGGUUGCGAUAGUCUUGGGCCAAUCCCUCGCCGCUUUUGCUGAGAGUUCGAGUCCAAUCCAUGUUGAUGGAACCUCCUUCGCUCUCAACGGAGACAAUGUCUCAUAUCGCUUUCACGUCGACAACACCACCGGUGAUCUAAUCAAUGAUCACUAUGGCGGUCCUGUCGCAGGAGAUACCAUCACAGCUGAAGUCGGCCCUGUCCAAGGCUGGGUUAAUCUCAUCGGCCGAGUCCGACGCGAGUUCCCGGACCAUGGAAGAGGAGACUUCCGACUACCGGCCUUCCAGAUCCAACAAGCCAGUGGUACUACGGUCACAGACUUUCGCUACAAGUCACACGACCUUGUGCAGGGAAAGCCUGGCCUACCCGGUCUUCCAGCCACGUUUGGUGAUUCUGAGGAUGUCUCAAGUCUUGUUGUGCACAUGUAUGACAACUACAGCUCCAUCGCCGUGGACUUGACAUAUUCCAUCUUUCCUAAACAUGACGCUAUCGUGCGAAGCGUUAAUAUUACCAACAAGGGAAACACGACUAUCAAUCUGAAAAAGGUUGCUAGUUGGAGUGUUGACUUUGGACAGGAGGACAUGGAUCUUAUCGAGCUUAGAGGUGACUGGUCCCGUGAGGGAAUGCGAGUGCGCCGCAAGGUUGACUAUGGCACGCAAGGGUUCCAAAGUUCAACCGGAUACUCUUCCCACCUUCACAACCCUUUUCUCGCACUCGUUUCACCAGACACCACUGAAUCACAAGGCGAAGCUUGGGGUUUCUCUCUGGUCUAUACAGGCUCAUUCGCAGUGGACGUCGAAAAGAGCUCACAAGGUCUCACUCGGGCUCUUCUCGGUAUCAACCCCAUCGAUUUCUCAUGGCCUCUCAAGCCUGGUAAAACUUUCACCACACCCGAAGUGGUGUCCGUCUUCUCGAACAAGGGUGUCGGUGGCAUGUCGAGACAAUUCCAUCGCCUUUACAGAAAGCACUUGAUGAAGAGCAAGUUCGCUGAAGAAACCAGACCUGCCCUCCUUAACAGCUGGGAGGGCUUGGCAUUCGACAUCAACGAGACAUCCAUCUACAAGAUCGCGAAGCAAUCUGCAGACCUUGGUAUCAAGCUCUUUGUUAUGGACGACGGUUGGUUCGGUAACAAGUAUGCUCGAACAAUUGAUAAGCUCGGUCUUGGUGACUGGCAACCUGACAAGUCUCGCUUCCCUGAAGGACUCACUCCCCUUGUCGAGGACGUUACCCAGCUUAAAGUCGCGAAUUCUUCUGAAAAGCUCAAGUUUGGUAUUUGGUUUGAGCCAGAAAUGGUUAAUCCCGAGUCAGACCUGUACAACGCGCAUCCUGACUGGGCUCUCCACUGUGGAUCAUAUCCCCGAACUGAAACUCGAUGGCAACUUGUUCUCAACCUUGCUCUGCCAGAGGUCCAAGAGUUUAUUAUCGACUCUGUUUCCAAAAUCCUCAACGAGUCGCCUAUUUCCUACGUCAAGUGGGAUAACAACCGUGGCAUCCACGAGACUCCUGAUCAGACCCUCAACUAUAAGUACAUGGUAGGACUGUAUCACGUUUUUGAGGUUCUCACCAGCCGCUUCCCUGAUGUUCUCUGGGAGGGUUGUGCAUCGGGAGGUGGUCGAUUCGACCCUGGCGUUCUUCAAUGGUUCCCCCAAAUCUGGACAUCUGAUGAUACAGACGCAGUUGAGCGUAUCGCGAUCCAGUUCGGCACUUCGCUGGCUUAUCCUCCAUCUGCAAUGGGCGCCCAUCUCUCACACGUCCCGAACGGACUCACUGGGCGUACAACAUCUGUCAAGUUCAGAGCCCACGUUGCCAUGAUGGGCGGGUCAUUCGGUGUUGAACUCGAUCCCAGUGAUCUGGAAGCUGAAGAGAGAGAUCAAAUUCCCGGUCUAAUCCAGCUAUCUGAGAAGAUCAACCCGAUCGUUAUUACUGGUGAUUUCUACCGAUUGGCUCUCCCUGAAGACACCAAGUACCCAGCCGCACAGUUCAUCUCUGAGGACGGCAAGAAGGUUGUUUUGUUCGCUUUCCAGACUCGGGCGACGAUCAACUUUUCCUGGCCUUGGUUCCGUAUGCAGGGUUUGGAUGCCGAUGCCAAAUAUGUGCUCGACGGCAACCAGACUGUUUCUGGCUCGACGCUCAUGAACCUUGGUGUCCAGUUACGAUUUGAGGGGGAUUAUGAUAGCCAGGUUUUGAUAUUUGAGAAGCAGUGA